UCAUGUAAUUUAAUGCUGAAAAAUAAAAAAAAAAGAUCGUAACACUUCGAAUUUUAUAAAUUGUUGCUUUCAAGCUAUUGUCGAAGCCUCCCUAUUUAAUAUGUUGUAUUUAAAAUAUUCUAUACGUUUCAAAUAAGAAUUUGUUUGAUCAUGAUUACGAUCUGUCAAAUGUCACUAAAAAGUACAGAUUCCAACAAAAAACAACUAAAUUAUAUUUUUGACCUCCGGGAUAAUUAAAAUAAAUUAUAUUGAAUAAUUAUCUGUUUUGCUGACCCUAUUUUUUCGAUUUGACAGCUAUGACGUCACAAUAUGGCGCGACGUUACGCACAUUGUUAUUUGAAACUGACGAUGAGCGGAGGCAGGAAGAGCCUGUUCAUGUUCUUGAUGCGGCUGGCGUGGCGCUGCCGGUUCAGCAUGCCGUUGCUGCUGAGCGGUACAGUGGCCCUGCUCGGACACGCCUGGAUGUUCCAGAUACGAGUCCAUACCGUACAUAGACUGCAUGAAAACGAGCUGGCAUAUUAUGACGACCUGGGAGACCAGGAUGACGAGGAUGGGUCUUGGGAGACAGAUUCCACGGACUCGUGGGAGACAAUCGUAGAGGAAGUUGCUUACGGCUGAUCGUAACAAGUUAGUUAUUAUUUUUUCAUUACAUGUGGUAACGUGCCAAAUAUAUUUCUAAGUGUACUAAUUAUAAUCUGUAUUGUUUAUUAAUAUUAUUUGGUUAUGCUUACGAUACGUAUUCUAUGAUGAAAAUUAGCGUUAUUGGAAUACGUUUUUUUUUAUAAGUUGCAACAUUGCGAAGUGAUGGCUUAUGGUGACUUAUUGGGAAUAGACAAUAUGUUAUGAAUUAUGAAGGUAGAUUUAAAACAUAUUUAUGGACUCGUCCUUAGUAAAUAACCUAAAAUCAAUAUUAAAAACAUGA